CACUCGCACCAUUCGUGAUUUCAUUCGUGUGAGUGAGUUCGUCGCUUCCGUCCGACGGACUUCGUGCGACGUAGACGGGUGUGUGCGAAAGUAUGAAGUGAAAUCGUACAGAAAAGUGUGUGAAAUGUUUAGUGAUAGUUUUUAUUGUGUUAAGAAUAAAAAAUGAGUGCGAACGGAUAGCAGAGUUUCGGUACAUAACAGUGUACGGUCGCGGCACACGUAACAUUUCGUAUGAACUGUUUCAAAAUGGCUGUGUUUUGAAGGACCCUUUGUCCGCUUUCGUGUGCUUCUUUCAGCAUGAUAGUGGGAUCAUACUGUCACAAAUUUAACUUGGAGAGGUGAGGAAGGUCCUUGAUAAGUUUCAGUGGUUUCCGGGUGUAUAAACACUAGUGGAAAAGUACUGGUUCCCGUCGAAGCACGGUGUCGGUUGGUUGCUUUCUACGUGUUUCUACGCAAGCGAUACCAAACGCUCACUUACGACGUGGAAUGCAUGUCAUGUACCCGGAGCCGCCGGCGCAAUAUCGCAGUAGUCAGCCCCAGAGCCAUCCAGAGUACCAGCCGCCCUCGCCGGCGCGCCACCAACCAGCUAAGAAGCGCCGUGUGCUGAGUCCUAGCGCUCCGCCACACCACCACAACACUCCGCAACACCUCAACGACAACACAGGCUUCAAGAACAAGUGUUGGUCAGGCGUGGGGCCGGGCUGGUGCGCCGCUCCCGCCGCGCCCGCAGUGCCCGCUCGCGCGUGCGAUGCGGAGCGGUCCACGCCGCCCGCGCCCGCGCCGCUUGUCGCUCCGCCCGUGCACUGCGCCAGGCCUUGCUGCCGCGACGCGACUGUCGGAGAUAGCAGCGAACAGCGCCGCGUGGUCGGCAGCGAGGCGCGCGGCACGAGCGGCGCGGGCGCAGCGGGCGCGGGCGCGGGCGCGCGGCUGCGGGGCGCCGCUACGACGACGGCGCACGGGAAGCAGCUGGCGGCGGGCGGGGCCAACCACCCGCCCCAGCCGCAAGGUAACCACAAACGCUCCGGCUGUGGAGGCGACGGAGACUACCAGCUGGUCCAACAUGAAGUCCUCUACUCCUCGUCCAAUAGGUACGAGGUGCUGGAGUUCCUCGGGCGGGGCACCUUCGGUCAGGUGGUGAAAUGCUGGAAAAAAGGCACCAAUGAGAUCGUCGCCAUCAAGAUCCUCAAGAACCACCCCAGCUAUGCGCGCCAGGGGCAGAUCGAGGUGUCGAUCCUGUCGCGCCUCUCCCAGGAGUCGGCGGACGAGUUCAACUUCGUGCGCGCGUACGAGUGCUUCCAGCAUCGGUCGCACACGUGUCUCGUGUUCGAGAUGCUCGAGCAGAACCUGUACGACUUCCUCAAGCAGAACAAGUUCUCGCCGCUGCCGCUCAAGUACAUCCGCCCCAUCCUGCAGCAGGUCCUCACCGCGCUGCUUAAACUCAAGCAACUGGGCCUGAUCCACGCGGACCUGAAGCCGGAGAACAUAAUGCUGGUGGAGCCGGCGCGGCAGCCCUACCGCGUCAAGGUGAUCGACUUCGGCAGCGCGUCCCAUGUCAGCAAGGCCGUCUGCAACACUUACCUGCAGAGUCGCUACUACCGAGCGCCGGAAAUAAUACUCGGCCUGGCGUUCUGCGAAGCGAUCGACAUGUGGUCACUUGGCUGCGUGGUGGCCGAGCUGUUCCUCGGCUGGCCGCUGUACCCAGGCUCCUCGGAGUACGAUCAGAUCCGGUACAUCUCGCAGACGCAGGGGCUGCCUACUGAGCAUAUGCUUAACAGCGCUUCAAAAACUGCUAAGUUCUUCUACCGCGACGUGGACAGCACAUACCCGUUCUGGCGGCUGAAGACUCCCGAGGAACACGAGCUCGAGACUGGCAUCAAGAGCAAGGAGGCGAGGAAGUACAUCUUCAACUGUCUCGACGACAUCGGACAGGUCAACGUGCCUACUGAUUUAGAGGGUGGACAGUUGUUAGCAGAGAAGGCAGAUCGACGGGAGUUCAUCGAUCUGUUGAAGCGGAUGCUUACUAUGGAUCAGGAGAGACGAAUAACCCCGGGCGAAGCACUGAACCACGCGUUCGUAACACUAGCGCACCUGGUAGACUAUGCGCACUGCAACAACGUGAAGGCGUCGGUGCAGAUGAUGGAGGUGUGCCGGCGCUCGGGCGCGGGCGUGGGCGGCGUGGGUGGCGUGGGCGCCGAGUACGUGGGCGGCGUGGUCGCGCCCGCGCCGCCGCAGGCGCACCACCUGGCGCUCACCAUCAACCAGCAGCGGCUCAGGGCCGCGCCCUACGAUAACUUGUACCAGCUGUACCAGGGCGGGCGCGUGGCGGUGGGCGGGGCGCGGCAGUACGCCACCCGCGCCGCGGAGCCCUUCCCGCACCAGUUCGUGUCCUCCAUACUCUGCCAGCCCGCUUAUCAGGUGCAGCAGCUGGCGGCGGCGGCAGCAGCCGCGGCGGCCGCGCACCACCAGCACGGUGGUGUGGGUGGCGUGGGUGCCGUGGGCGGCGUGGGCGACGUGGGCGCCGUGGGCGAGUGGCGCGCGCCGCUCAUCGUGGAGCCCGCGCCACUUCCCGACCCACCCGUGUGGGACUUCCACCCUCACCACGCGCACCACCACCACAACCACAAAAGGUCCACCAAGCAGCAGACCAGUGCGGCGCCGCACUAUCCGCCGCACCAUCAAACACAUCAAUACAGCCUGUCCGGCAGUGGUGGUAAGAAGGAGCCGACGCAGCUGUCGCCCGUCAAGAAGCGAGUCAAGGAGGGCACGCCGCCAUCCAGGCACCGACACCACCAUCACGACCACACGAAUACCCGUAAUGGUGGUGGCAACCCCCUGUGGGAGGGCGGCGGCGCGGCGCACACCAUCACCAUCCGCGACACGCCGUCCCCCGCCGUGUCCGUCAUCACCAUCUCCGACUCCGACGACGACGACGGCCCGCGCCGCGACCACCACCACCAGCAGAACAGAGCAGGCGCGAGCGGCGAGUGCGCGGCGCCCCCCGCGGCCCCCGCGGCCCCUGCGGCCGGCGUCAUCUGCAGCGCGCGCAGCCCGCGGGACGAGCGGCACGUCAAGCGCGAGCACUGCCACCACCACCACGCGCCGCAACAAGCGCAGCCGCAACAGCCCCCCAGCCACUCGAGCAGCCAGCGCGCGUGCCCCGGCGCGGUGACGUCACAGGCGAUGACGUCACAGGCGGCCACGUCGCAGGCGGUGACGUCACAGGCGGUGGCGGCGCCGGCGCCGGCGCAGGCCACGCCGCAGAGCCAGAAGAAGCGCAUCCUGGCGCUCGCGCAGCAGGACGCGCAGGCCAAGCAGGAGCCGCAGCCGCAAGAACACGCCCACCAUCACUAUAACGGGACGACAUUACGCCAGACGAACGAUUACCAGUGCAAUCAAUAUGUGCCGGCGCAACACAACAAGAGAGAUAGCAGCGGCGGUUGUCGGGAGUACGGCGUGGGCGGCGUGGCGGCCGUGAGCGGCGUGGGCGUGGGCGGCGUGGGCGUGGGCGCGGUGGGCGGCGUGGGCGCGCCGCCGCAGGCGCACAAGCACGCGCCGCACGCCUGGCACCACCAUCCGCACCCGCACUACAAGGCGGGCAGCGGCGGCGUGCUGUCCCCGGGCGGGGGCGUAUCCCCCGGGUACCUGCCGCCGCCACUAUACGUGCCCACAUACCACUACCAUACCGGCGGCGUGGGCGGCGUGUCGUCGGGCGCGUGCCCGCCGCCGGCGCACCACGCGUCGGGCGCGCGGCUGCCGGCCGUGGGCGUGGCCGGCGUGGCGGGCGUGGCCGGCGUGGGCGUGCCCGGCUACCUGCAGCCCUACUCGCCCACGUACCUCGUGCCGCCGCACCACCAGCAGCUGUGGUACACCGACUGAGCCCGCCGCCUCGCCUGUGCCGGCUGCUACUGACGCCACACCUGGCGCGGCUGACGUAGCGCGGGCCCGCCCGGUGCGCUGCUGGCGAGGAGUGACGACCCGCGAUCUCUGUACACUGAUAUCACGACGUCGAUGCCUCUAAAAAUAAUCGUGUCUCGAGGCUAAUCGACAUUGAAAUUCUUAAUUCGAAUGCUACGUCGAAAUUUUCCGUAGGAAAGCGUGGUAAUGCACCAUAGUUUGGUCGUCAACACUGUCGCCUGGUUGCACGUGGUAAGAGGGAGCAGGCUAAGCUCCGACCCUCUGCGGCCUUACGGCGCCGCCGCCGCUUAAGGGCGCCAGAGACUCAAGGAACCCCGAUAUCGACUCUCACACUACAAUUUUUAAAUCAAAACUAUGACUAGUGUGUAUCAAUGUGUAUUUACAGUUCCUUAUCCCGGCCUCGAGCCGUCUAUAUACUUAUAGUUGAUCUACUUGUACAAACGGCCGUUUUCGUUUGAUUUCAUAAGUUAAUUAAUUAAAUUGUCAAUCGUACCCGACCUACUGUUAGUAGUCGCUUAGUAUGUGAAUCGAUGUAUACUUAAUAGUAUCAGAUGUGUUUAAUCGUUUAUUUUGUAAGUUCAGUAAUUUAUUUGAGCCUCGCGGUGUAGCCGCAGCGCUCUUUACUGUAUCAUAGGUUAUCGCAUUCAUUUUGUGAACAUAUUUUUACUGCGACCGAGCAGAUUAUAUUAUAUAACGCGUGGUGACAAAAGUUUAUUCGUUUACUUGUAUAAUAUGGAUUGUAAAUUUCGUUUUAAUUUUUUUAUUAUGAUUUAUGCUGCAAAAGCGAAGCGAGUAGGUUGCAUUUACUAAUAUUUUAUCUUAGACUUAGUGUUUGUACCAAAUGUUUAUUAUGGGAAUGUAAUCGUAGCUCACACGAGAUGUGCAGUGGACACUGUCCACUGCUGUGUACACUGUACAGUACAGUACGCGUACAGUACAGUACAGUGGGUGUACACCGGGAGAGUUGUUUGGUAGUGCUUUAGUUAUUAUGUGACGGUGAUUUUGUCAAUUACAGUUUGAUUGUAUCGUGGACGUAGCUUGCUUUAUAUGAGAUUUAUUAAUACGUUUUAUGUUACGUUCCAUAUCACGUAGCGUAGUGCGGCUCGCCGCUGUUUGGUUACAAACAAACAAACAUUUAUGCUGUGUUUACUACUAUAUUCAUGUUAAUGGGAGUUUUAUAUUGUAGAUAUAUUAUGUGUGUAGGGCGCGGUGACGGACUAGUAGAUGUAGAUUCAAGUAUAAUAAACGAAAUAAAAAAUCUAAGAAUUUUAUAAACAUUUAGUACACACUAAUAGUUAACGAGUGUAAUAUGCAUGUAUAUUCACUAUUAGAUAGAACAAAAAUUGUUAACUAAUUGUUCUUUAUGAUUAAAACAAAUUAAUGCAAUUAUUUUACGGCUGCAACCGAUUUAGUUUACGUGCGUAGGUCGCCCGCGCGCCCUCUGUUUAAGUAUUAAUAUAAGUCAUAUCGUACAAGUUUGGUAGUCAUUAUAACAUAUAGUAUUGUGUUGCACGACGCAUGCGCGGCGGCGCUGCGGCGAGGGCGCGGCGGUUGCUUAUUAAUUAUUGUAUAAUUAGAUGUUUAAGAGUUUAUCAUUUGUAUUCAACUAUCACUUGUAAUCACGGAUACUUGUAACCUUCAUACAUUCUUACUAUGCAAUCCGAGUUGAUUUCGUAUGCGAAACUAUUUUAUAUGACAAGACUAUGUAAUGUUAAUUUUACUAUAAUGUAGUACAUUAGUUUGCUGCCUGACAAUAAUCUAAUAUUUAGUUGUGUUACGGUUGUAGUUAUGAAAAGCAUUAUAUUUUUAGUUAUAAUUAUUUCAAUCACUUACUGAGCAUUGUAUGAGAUACGCCAACAUUUAUAUUAGACAUUACGUUUAUUAUUUCCUUUUCAUUGACAAAUAGAAUACUUACUGAUGUCAGUAGUUACGUUACUAAUGACGUAAUUCGAUAACGACAUUUUAUGAUUGGAAAGAUAUCAAUGACUGGAUCUAAACUUUCAUUUUUUUCACUUUCUUUUGUUGCUAUUAAAGUUUUUCUCCAUGUUGGCCUACUUUAUGCAAUGCUCAUGAACUCGCGGCCGGACACGCCUCAUUACCAACAUUGUUCAUACUUAUAAUCCUAUACCACUAAAGUAAUAAAAUCAUAUAAAACUUCAGUUAGAAAAUUUAUCGCAGUAUUGCAGAAAAGAGUAGGAAAUUAUCUUUUAAAAUUAGAACUGUCUUGAACAGACUUUAACGUAAUCAUACAUACCAGUGCAAAUCGUAAUCAUUUAGUUUUCUCCUCUUUUCGGACUGCAUGAAUUUUCUUUUAUUGUCAAGUGAUAGGCAAGCGAUAUUUGAUGUUUAUAUGCAAGUGAGCUCAGUACAGGAGGCACGUCCGGCCGCGGGCCGCCGCGAGACUCGUGCGAGGCUUAGUCAAUGAUCUCUCCCCGCGCACCGCACUCUUCGCCUCAACAAGAUUCGACCUAGUAAUUAUUAUUUAUAAGAUAUUUUUUUCACAAUUCUGGGGUUUAUUUUUAAAUGUAUUAACAGAUGGAAUGUUAACAUAUUUUCUAAAUAUAUUUUUCCUUAGAUAUUUAAAAAGCUUCCGCUUGAAUUUAGCUGGAGGAUUGCCUUAUUAUAGAUAAAAUGUAUAUCAUGGUAUGGGGCACGCACGCAGCCGACACGUCGGCGCGACUCUGUGAUCUUACUCAAUAUUUAGACGAAUCUUGUAAAUUUUGGGUUGUUGCAAUAAAAUUUUACUUGUGUAUAAAAUUGCAUUUUGCGAAGCAGCUGGAUGAAAUCAUGCCCCAUGUAUGUGUAUAUUUAGUUAAACGAUGGUUUCACCGCGGCGCGUGCCCACGCGACCACGCCGACUCUACCGCGAGACGUUCAUUGACAAUAAUUUAUUACGAUUGAAUGUACAAAUACUCCAGAUGUAUGCAUCUGCUUACGAAUCAGUCAACCUGCCCCGGCCGCGGCCGAUCUGUUCGCUUCCACUGUGAUUGUAUCGUACUAUUAUGUUAUUCAUAUGAUUGUGUCGGUGAAACUAUUAUCGUAGAUUACGUUUGAUUUUAAUGAUUUGAUGUAAUAUUUAACUAUAAGUACCUGCCGGUACGAGCUGAGAGCUAACUCUACAAUAAUGGGUAUUUUACGUUUUAAUUUAGCGUAUUAGGGGCUUGUGUAACACAAGUUGAUAUGAUUAACAUGUUUUAAAUUGGAUAUGUGGGUAAUCAGGGAUGAAGCACUGAUGUUGCUUAAGUUUUUCUUCAAUAAUAAUAAUCAAAUAGUUAUUAUUAGAGAGCAAAUUGUAAAUAAACAUUCAGAUAUCCCUUUU